ACAAACUUGUGAAGAUACCGGAUUGGCAGUGAUAAGGGGAGCUAACGUUUGAUGUUUAUAUAUCAUAUAUAUAUAGUACCCAAGGAGCUGAUUCUCAUAUAAGUCUUUCAGUGAAGGCCAACCGAGGGCUAAAGUGCAAAAAUAUAGAUUUCAAAACGACCCAUCAGACAACGACGAUAUCACAACACUUCUUAAAUCAUCCUGACUUUUUAAUGUGAGUGUAAAAUGUUGUCAACAUGGCGAAAGAAAACGUGUGUCUGGACAAUGCAAUGAUAUUGGACACGAACGUCUUUAUAAAUACAAGGUGUAAUUGUAUUAACACUUACCUAAUUUAGUUUGUUUCAAGAUAUUCACUUUAAAUAUAUUACGACAAGGGAUUAUUUAGAGAGCAACUUUCUAAAGCUGUUAAUUUGUAAGUUUCUACAAAGCAAUUGACAUUCGACUUCCUUACAGUUUCUGUUUGGAUAAAGAAGGAUCACAAUAUCAGACAUAGGAAACUUCUACAAGUUGACAAUUUGUGUUUGAUUCCGACGGACAGUACCAUGUUGGAUUAUUGUUCCAGUGACGGGUCCGGGACUUCUGGAUACCAUCCCAACCCUAGCCCAACCACGAUGGCUAACUUGUUAAAUAUGGGCAUGGAAAACAGUCGGGUAGGACAGCCGGCAUUUGUACUAAGCAGUCCUCCUUUAGCUGCCCUUCAUAAUAUGACAGAAAUGAAAGCGCCAGCUUCCUCAUCUAGCAUGCUCACUCAAUCCGGGUACUCACAGUCUAACCAGAAACAAUUUUCUUGGAAUGGUACGCCACAUGGAAUCUGUGACAUCCUCAGUCGCCCCAGUAUGGCAGCUUUAGGACUUUCCCGUCUGAACGCGGCCGGGAUGUAUCUCAAUUCGCAAGGAAGACUGCCAAAGUUAGCGGAGCUACCCGGCCGGCCCCCGAUAUACUGGCCUGGUGUUAUAAACGGAACGAAUUGGAGACCAUCAGGUCACAGUUCGGUAGUGGUAGACAAGGAUGGAAAGAAAAAACACACAAGACCAACGUUUUCAGGGCAACAAAUAUUUGCCCUGGAGAAAACCUUCGAACAGACCAAGUACCUAGCGGGCCCAGAGCGCGCGCGACUCGCAUACGCCCUCGGGAUGUCAGAAAGUCAAGUCAAGGUGUGGUUUCAAAACAGACGUACAAAAUGGCGAAAAAAACAUGCUGCAGAAAUGGCAACUGCAAAGAAGAAGCAAGAACAGGCAGAGGAAAUGGACGAGAACUCCGAGGACAUGGAAGAUGAUGGAUCAGAUGACGGGAAAAUGCAAGACAGACUGGACGAUUUUCUGGACCAUCAAGGUUUAUAGGUGUUAAGUGAAUAUAGUAACCCUAAGCAAUGGUCCUAUAUACGUCACCCAUAUUGUGAAGUACACAUCAUAAUGACGUAACUACAGGAAGUCGUCAUCUAGUGUACUGAGUAGGAUGACGUUGAUACAUACGUCAUUAGUUACAUGUACAAUGAUGACGUAGUGAGGCUCACGUGCUCGAUCUUUAUCGUGUCAAAUGAGUGGUCGGAAUUCCGGAGAAGUUAUGAAUUAGUUUGAAACUGAGGUCGAUGAGUGCAUUUCAACUAUACUUUUGGUGCAGUUGAUGUCGAAUGAAGCCAUUAAGCCGAGCUUAGUGUGAACUGACAGAAUAUUGCACAUUGAAGGCCUUGAGAGCUAAACCGAUCUUGGUUCUUAUGGGCUUGAAGAUGACAUAAGAGGAUUCCCGCGCUGCCACGUGACGUCACAAAUAAUUACCACAUGUCGGCUGCUUCACAUGAAGAGCACACCGACAACAGUCGUUUAUUCCAUACAUUAUUUGUGUAUCAAGUCAUGAAAUGCCAAAAUAACCAUAGAUUUUUGUUCUAUAUACUUUUUGUCAUGUUGAUGCAAAUUUGACAUUUUUACAAUUGAAAACAUUAGAGGACAAAUACAUGUAAUCAUGUUUACUUUUAGCCAGGGAAAAUGACUUGCCCGAUAGCCAUUGCAGACCCGACUAAGGUUUUCUCUCGUAUCUCACCAAAUAUUGACAAAGGAAAGCCUAUAUUCAUUAGGAGACCAUUUAUCAAGAUUCAGCUAUCGCCAGCUUAUUCUUCGUUUAACGUAUUUGACAGUUGCUUCGGAAUGUGCAAUACCACGUCCCAGUGCUAGACUUGUACAACGCUCUCCACCUUCGAAAUUUAAAAUUUAUAGUUUUAACACAGCCUUUCGACCUGUCGAAUGUCUGCACUCCUUGGUAGGGGGUGUAUUUUAUCAUAAAAAUCAUACAAGAGAACGAUGACUUUCUCCAACGUUUGUUUUAGGUGGAGGUUUGCUACUGUUAAAUGCCAGGGCUACAGGCGUGUGUGGUAUAGCGAUAUAAGACUUUGUUAUCCGUUCUUAUAUAAGAAUUAACAUUUGUACCAGCGUUCACUGACAGAUAUACCUGGACGAUAGUGCUACUGACGGGGGGUAAAGUCAGAUAGCAUAUAUUACGCUCGCGGGACACCUGUUUUACUACAGCCUGACCGGGGACACGGAAGAUAAUGCUCCCGGCAACAAUCCCUAAAUCAUACAAUAUAACUUAUAAAAGUGAAUUUGGGCUUGACAUAUAUUAUAAUGUCAGAAUAAAUCCUAUGAUUGAUGUUGUGCAUGGAACUUAUGCAUGUUGCACUAGUGCAUUAGCAUAUCCCGCACACCCAGUCAUUGAUGCUGGCUGUUAUAACUUAAAUCGAAGAAUCAAACAUUCAGUUAUUAAAAAUUGAUUCCACGGCCAAACGUAGACGGAAAUAAACAGUUAUUUUAGAGUAUGUUGAAUGUUUAAAAGCAAUUUGUUACAAUUAAGUAGUGCAAUAUUUGAUCAUAUCAUAAGUAAGCUAUCCUAAAGAACAUGGUCGCAAAGAGUUGCCCUAUAAUUUAUGAGACCAUUUUGGUAACGAAUUCCAUAUUGUUUGCAUUAUGAAAAAAAUUAAAACAGGCAGUGACAAAAUUUAAAAAAGUUAUUUCAUCCGAAAGUCGAAAAAUAUUCUUUGAUAAUUUUAAUCAAUAUCUAUGACGGUGUUAAUGGGUUUUUUAGUCUAACGUCAUGCCAUGUACAAACUGUAAACAAUGUAUUAAAUAUAUGUCCAGUUAUACGGAAUUAACGAACUGCAAUAAUAUAGUCAAGGUUACUAAACUCUACACAGAGGUCUGUCGAGUUAGCGUCUGGCCUAAUUCAAUAACUUACUAAUCGGUUAGAGAUAAGCAUUCAUUGAAAGGAUAUUGUUUCUUUAAAACCCAAUAGUGUUAGUGAUAUAAUAUAAAAUCGAUGAAGUUUUAUUUAUUUAGAGAUUUUGGGCCUUCCAACGAAAACAGCAUGCACCUGUCAACUUCAGAGAAAAGAAAAUAAAAGCCAGACUAUUCUAUCACAGUGACUGAAUAUGUUUAACAUGAUUGAGAAUAAUCGUUUGUAAAUUAUAACAUUUUUUUGUUUGUGAAAUAAAAAAAAUAAUUGCUUAUUUCUUUAAAAAUUAUCAUAAAUACUAAUAACUUUGGAAUUAUGGAAUGUUUAUGUUUUAGAAAUAUUUAUUUCAUUGAUCACUGAAUAUUAAAACCAGUAGUGGGUUCUGAAAUUACAAUCGACUAAACAUGUACAGGAAUUGAUUCAUAUUAAAGAUAUACGUGAUAAUUCGAUAUACAAUCCACAUGUAAGAUAUUUUUAUCAGACAAAUGAACACUUCAUUUAUGACAAAACUACCAAUAGGAAUUUUAUUUCUAUAAAUAUCGUACGAGAAACCCAUGUACAUACUAUUAUUAAAUUUAGGAAUGAUGUUUGUAAAAAGGAAGAUUAAUCACUGCCGUUUACUACAAAACACAUUGAUAUUCCAUCGGUCUGUUGUUUAGACUGAUGCGCGGGAACGUGAUGUAUCAUUGUAUAAACACAAAGGACAGGAUGCGAUUUGUUGAGACAAUUCUAGGAUAGCAAUCUCAUACAUAUUUUUGUUUUAUUUUUAUUUGUUUUUCGACUCUGAGAAAUCUAUCUUCUCUAUGCGACUUAUCGCUAUAUGAUAUUGUGAAAAUAUCUCAUAUGGAUUAUUCAUAAUGAAUGAUUUUCUCGCAGAUUAAAAAAUAUUUCAUGCAAUAUAUAUAUAUACAAUGACUGGUCUUUUUCUAGAUCGUGGUAUUGUUGUUAUUUUUAUUUCAAAUCAGAUCCUUUGUUUUCUAAGAAAUGAUUCAGUUGACACCUUUUCGAUUUUUAAUUUAUAGCUACUAUUAAUUGAUAUAUUUUUAGCGCUGAAAGCAUUGCGGUAUAAUAUUUUCUUAACAAAUAAAGGUGCGUCAAUUUAUCUUUGCGCUAAUCAGUUAAAAUUUGGUAUCCCGCUAAAAUUUAAGUUCGCUAAAAUUAACACAUUUAUAGAACUUCAUAACUAUUUUCUGGAUUUUUUUUAUUAUUAUUUAAUUUUGAGAUAUAACUGGUUAAAUAGUAACAUAUGAUUUCAAGGAAAACUUGUAGUUUAAGGGAAUAUAUACAUCGAUUUAUCAUAAAACUAUGUAAUUACCAUGAUAAUUAGAUUAUUUGUUAUGAUAUGUAUUGAAGACGAAUUUAUACACGUGUAUUACGCGAACUAGCUUUGUGAUACAUUACACAAAUUGAUUAUGAUGUAUGUGCUAACGUUUGUUCACAAAGAUUUAAUAAAGAAAAGUCAGAAAAA